AUGCCAACCACGGCAUUGAGAUUGAGUUCAAGGGCGCAAUCGACUUGGACAAGAUCUAUAUGGCGUCCCUCGCCAUGGGUCUGUCAAUCAUGCCAACAGCAAACCGGUUACUCGCGCCGACGGUUUGCGACGGCUCCGCCAGCGCCGAAGCGUAAACCAUCUUACAUUACGACGCCCAUUUUCUACGUCAAUGCCGCACCUCAUGUCGGGCACUUAUAUACUAUGGUGUUGGCGGAUAUCCUAAAACGAUGGCAAUUACUUCAGGGCAAAGAGGCGCUGCUCUGCACAGGCACGGAUGAACACGGGAUGAAGAUCCAAAAAGCGGCAUCGCUUGCUGGCAGUGAUCCCAAGCCGUUUUGCGACAAGGGAGCAGAAGUCUUCAAGGUUUUGGCCGCGCGGGCAGGAGUUGCCAAUGACCACUUCAUCCGAACGACCGAUCCGGACCAUGUUGAAGCCGUGCAAUAUGUCUGGCGCAUACUGGAGCAACGCGGAUACAUAUACACUUCGAAGCACGAGGGAUGGUACUGUGUCAGUGACGAGACAUACUAUCCUCAAUCGGCUGUGCAAUUGAUUGUCGAUCCUGCGACUGGGCGAAAAAUGAUGACCUCCAUCGAAACGGGAAAAGAAGUGGAAUGGACAUCCGAACUAAACUAUCAUUUCCGACUUUCCGAGUUCAAAGACCGCCUUCUGGAACACUACCGCCAAAACCCACAAUUCGUUUUACCUGCAAUCCGGAUGAACGACGUGGUGCAAGCCGUGUCCUCUGGUCUCGAAGACCUCUCUAUAUCCCGACCCGUGGAACGGCUUACUUGGGGUAUCCGCGUGCCCGAGGACGAGUCUCAAACCAUCUACGUCUGGCUCGACGCACUGCUCAACUAUCUCACCAAAGCAGGCUACCCUUGGGCUCCCGGCCAAGAAACCGCCGGCGGCUGGCCCGCAGACUGUCAAGUUAUCGGAAAAGAUAUCGUUCGCUUUCACUGCAUCUACUGGCCGGCAUUCCUCAUGGCACUGGGCCUCCCCCUUCCUCGUCAGAUCCUUACCCACGCGCACUGGACACUGGGCCACCAAAAAAUGGCCAAGUCGACAGGAAAUGUCGUCAACCCUUUUUUCGCACUCGAUCGAUUCGGCGUAGAUCCCAUGCGCUAUUAUCUCGCACAUGAAGGCGGCAUUGUCGACGACUCCGACUACGGCAACGAAUUCAUCAUUGAGCGCUACAAAAAGAGCCUCCAAGGCGGCCUGGGCAACCUUGCCAGCCGCAUCGUCCGCGGCAAAGGCUGGAACGUGCGUCUCGCUGUCGAGCAUGCCGCUGCCGGGCGAUACAACGACCUCCCUGACCCAGAGGGCGUCAACCAGUCUCAGCAAAACACCAUUGCCGCCGCGCCAGCGAUUUACAAGGAAAAGCUAGACGCGUGUGAUAUUAGCGGCGCAUUGAAAGCCGCCAUGGAGAUUAUUUACGAGACAAACAAAUACAUUCACCGCACCACGCCAUGGGCCCUCGCGAAAUCCAUCAAACACUCUUCCUCUUCCUCUCCUUCCUCUCCUUCCUCUCCUUCCUCUCCUUCCUCCUCUUCUUCCUCUUCAUCCUCUUCAUCCUCUUCCUCGUCUACGUUCGACACCCCCGCAUCCACUCUCCCUGCCGCAAUCGAAGAAACGUCCCUCCAUCUGCACCGCACCAUCUACCUCUGCGCCGAGGCGCUGCGCGUCACCGGCAUCCUGCUGCAGCCAUACAUGCCCACCAAAGCCGCGCAGUUGCUCGACACGCUGGGCGUGGACGACCGCGCUCGAUCGUUUGACGAUGCCGUCUUGGGCAAGGAUGCAGACUAUGGCGCGAGUAGAGUCAGCCUGGGCAAGGGCGUCGAUGGCGUGCUUUUUCCGCCGUUGACUAGUGAGUCUUAGUCUUGCAUUAUGUGUCCUGGUCGCUUUAUGUCAUGGUUCCGCAUUUAUGUCUUGGUCGCAUCAUGUCUUCCUUGGUCGUAUGUUGAAUCCCCAAGGUAAUGCAACUACAAGUUGACUUUUAUGGAAACCUAUGUAUAAUAGUUUUAGUCUUUUUUUUUUUUCUGUAUAUUUAACGUUACUUUUUGUUUUUCGUGCGGUGGGGGG